AUGUCCUUCAAGACGGUAGUCCACGAAUUAAAGAACGGGAGCAAACGCGCUUUAUUAGGAUGUGGCAGCAUGCAAUUGCGUCGAUGUGUGGGUGCAAUUGCAUUGUUGUAUGUGGUGACGAUAGCAUUGUCGUUAGCAGCGGCUGUUGUAGUCUGGGCCGGAAGAAUAUCAACUAAUGUUAAUAUGCUGCGGACUAUCCAUCCGGUUGCUAAAUGUUACUUCUCUCAUCGUAACAAUAUCACUUUAACUGAUAAAAUUAAAUUACCACCACCAUCUCCUUCAACUCCCCAUCAACGUGCGAACACUGAUGCCCUAGUAUCGGUCUUUGCUCGCUCUAAUUUAAGAGAUCCUGCUCGAGAACAGGAAGACCUAAAAAGAUUACGGCAAGAGAUAGUCGGUCGAUAA